ACUUAGGCUGUCGCGCAAGCAUUGCGGGACUUCAAGGUAGUCACAUCCGGGUAAAAUAGGUACAUCCGGGAGUUUUGUUGCAAAACGACUGUCCCUGCAUUUAUCAUUUAUGGGAAAGAAAUCGGUCAAAUCGCGUUCUGUGCCAGCGAGGCUAAAGAACCAAACCACUGAGGCUUCCUCCGCGCCUACCGCCUUCGUCUCUCAUAGCAAAGUUUUGUUCACAAUUUUGUCUGCUCUCUUCGCUCUUCUCGCCAUCUACUUCUACUCGAGCGAGACGAGAAGGGAGGACGAUAGUCUCACGAGGCUACUAGAAAACCGCUCGUUAGAUACAAUAGAUAGAAGGUCGGAUUUGUCUCUCGAGGAGUACACAAGUCUGUACGACGGGAAAUGGCCUGUUUUGAUUACGGAUGCAAUGAACGAUUGGCCAGCUCUAUCCAAGUGGGACUGGAGCUACUUCCUAAAUCGUUACGGAGACCAUCUUGUGGCUAUGAAGGCAGUCCAUGGCAAACUCACUGACUCUCAGAUGCUUUCAGUGCCUCUGAAUGUGUUCAGCAAGCAUGUACACGAGUCGUCGCCGACAACGUGGACGUACAUCAACGAUGAGUUGUUUAUCCCAUUUCGUCCGGAACUCUCAUUGGAUAUCAGAAGACCGAUCUACAUGGAAGAGGAUUACUUCAAGUUACUGCCAAAAGAACUUCAGCCAUGGGAUACUAUGCUUCUGUGGGGAACAAGCCACUCCCGGUCUUCCCUUCACAUUGACCCGUACAACUGGACAGGAACAAAUGCAGUUUUGAAGGGCAGAAAGCGAUGGAAGCUAUUCCCUCCAGGCCAGGACCACUUGCUGUACGUAAUACGAGGUCAACACUGUGGGUUCCCUCUUGAUUGUUUUAAGUACAACAGUGAGGUGGAUGCGUUUGAUCCUGAUCUCGAACGCUACCCUCUCUUCACUCAAGCCAAAUACAUCGAAUUUGAGCAGCUACCAGGUGAGCUUCUCCUGAUCCCAACCGGUUGGUUUCAUCAGGCAUACAAUCCAGAGGAAUGUUUGGCGAUAAGCAGUCAAGUGUACAACAGCCAGAACGUGAAGAUAGUUACUGAGGAGAUCCUGAAAGUCGGUGAAGUCAAGCAGGCAAAGCUGCCACAGGAUUUCAGCAGUUACAAGCCAAGGGACCAGGUGGCUGCACUAGUGAAAGUAAUCCCCAAGUCAAUAAUCAAGAAAGGCAAAGACGUCACUGACAAGAUCGCAAAGCAGUUUCAUAGAACAUCAACGUGAACACACACACACACACACACACACACACACACAC